GCGGCCCGGAGGCCGCGCUGGGCUCUGCGGCGGAGCUGCCGCUGCUGAAGCUGCCGCCGGCCGCCGACCUGGAGCAGCUGCUCAUACAGGGCGGCGCGGGGAUGGGGCCCGGCAGCCCGGGGACGGCGGCGGCGGCGGCGGCGGGGGCCGGCGGAGGCUCGGCGGCGGCGGGGACGUUCCUGUACCGGCAGCCGGUGACGCAGGAGCAGGAGGGCUUCGCCGACGGCUUCGUCAAGGCCCUGGCCGACCUGCACAAGCAGAACCAGCUCCUGGCCGCGCCGCCGCUCUCCCCGCCGGGGCCGUGCUGCCCGGCCCGCCCGGGGCCCGCCGCCGCCGCCGACCCGCCGGCCGUCUACACCAACCUGAGCAGCUUCAACCCCGCCGGGCCGCUCAGCCCCUCGGGCAGCGCCUACCCCGCCGCCUCGGCGGCCCCGCCGCCCCCUCCGCCGCCGCCUCCCCCUCCUCCGCCGCCGGGGCUGCCCUUCGGGGCGGCGGGGCUGGGCGGCGGGCGGCUGCCGCCGUCGCGGUCGCUGGAGGAGCCGCAGACUGUCCCCGACGUGCCGCCGGCGGCGGCGGGCGGCGAGGGCGGCGGCAGCGCCCCGACGCCGCCGUCGCUGUCGCCGCUGGACGCCGAGAGCCAGGAGCGGCUGAAGGCGGAGCGCAAGCGGCUGCGGAACCGCAUCGCCGCCUCCAAGUGCCGCCGCCGCAAGCUGGAGCGCAUCGCCCGGCUGGAGGAGAAGGUGAAGGCGCUCAAGGGGCAGAACGCCGAGCUGGCCGCCACCGCCAACCUGCUGCGCGCACAGGUCACCCAGCUGCAGGGACGGGUCCGCAGCCACCUCUCCUCCGGCUGCCACAUCAACGCCGGGGCCGCCGCCGCGCCGCCCCGGGAGCCGCCCGCCGAGCCGCCCGCCGCCCCGGAGAGCAGCGGCGCCUGCUGAGCGCCCCCCUUCCCCCCCUUACACCCGGUGUCCGGGGUGCUCCGGCCCCCCCCCCCUCCCCGGCGUCCUUUCGGAGCCCCCCGAGGGGAGCAGGGGCAGGUGUUGCUUGAGUGAAGUGCUUGAGGUCUGUGGAGAUUUCGGAAAUUAAGGUAAUUCCUGUUUACAGAAAGACUGAGCUUUUAUUUUCACGUGGGGAUAAAAUAUAUAUAUAUAUAUAUAUAUAUAUGUUUCCUAAUACACCUUACCUUAGGAAGUGUAUAGCGAUGGAUAAGCUUUUCACAGUUUGGAGAAAACAAAACAACCGAAAAAAAAAAAAAAAGGAAAAAAAAAAGAAUAAGAAGAAGCCAGAAUCGUACCCUUUCGAAAAGAUGUGCGUGGAUAUAUAUAUAUUUAAAACACAACAUGGCUAUGUAUAUUUUCUCGGUAUAGAUGAAUAAUUCUUUUUUUUAAUACCGUCUUUCUCUAGAGCUUUAAUUUGCCAUUGAGAGCUAAGACAACCGGGUGGGUGCUCUCGCACUUGAAUGGCUGCAGGUCUAAAGUCGAACCCUGGAGGGAGGAGAAUGGUUUGGUUGUAAACCUUAGGCGGGACGAAAUGUAUUGCCGACUCAGUCGUAUGAAAAUACUUUUCUAAACUGUUAGCUCCAUAUUUCUUGUGCCAGUGCAAAUCUGGGGCAUUGAUAGUUAUUUAUUGAAACUUGAACACUUUUGGACGUUGCCUAGACCUUAUUUUUAUAGAUAACACGUUAGUAGUGAAAACAGUUACCUUGGCAAGAAGAGCUUUACUUACUCUUUUUCUUUCACUGUGUACAUUCCAGUAGUGUUUGCUCUUUGCGUAGUAUAGUAACGAUCCCGUGCUAUACAGAAAAGGGCUCAGAUUUGGGGUGGAUUCGCUAUGAGAACGGUAAUUCCAUUGUAUUCUGUUUGAAUAAAUCACAGAAAUACUACGGAGAAGGAGAUUUAUUUUUCGGUAGAAAUCUGUAUGCAUUUCUUCUCGGUCUGCUUUGUUCUAAAGAAACUUUUUCUGCAAUACGCUGGAGGCUGAAAGAGCCAGUGCUAGAAUGUGAAGUGAAUUUCUGGCUGGGAAGAACUGACACGCUUUAUUUCUUUGUCAAGAUUUUACUAGCCGAAGAGAGCAGCACAGGAACUUUUUUUUUUUUUUUUUUUUUACUCUGGUCGAUUAGACAUAAUCCUCAAUAAGUUCUUUCAAAGCUGAUCCCUCGCUCGGUCCUGCUGCCUGCCUUGCUUUUGUGGCUCCCUCCCGCGUGUUUUGAGCAUCCCCCCGCCCGUGCAGCGCUGCUGAGCCCUGUGGAUGGUGCAGUGGGAACGGUCUGUCGGAGCGUGAAGGUCACCCGGUGAGAGCACAGCUCCUCCUGAGCAGAUCCGGCUGCAGAGCAGGGCCCGCUCCCGCUCCCAAGCCGUGCAGAAGGCUCUGCUGCAGCUCGGACAAGACGUGAGGCCGGGAGGCGCGCCUGUGCCAGCUGGUGAAAGCAGGGGGCCGCGUGGGGAAGCACAGGGGCUCGGGCAUCCUCAGGUGUCCCGGCCAUCGCUCGACUCUGUUGCACCUUUCUGCAGCUGCUGGACAUCCGCGUCACUUCUCCUGAAGGCUGCGCGCCGUGCUUGGAAAUCCGAGAAGAGAGCCUGGGAUGGACUCGUCUUUUUUUUUUUUUUUUUUUCUAUUUUUAUUUUUUGCUCUCGUUAGUGACACGCGAGCGCUGUCUGUUCGAAAGGUUCAGCCGUGGUGGUCCUGCUCUUCCAGCACGCUGCCACCCCGGGCACACCUGUAACGCGGCGUGGCGGUGCGUGGAGGUCGGGGCGUUGGCGCCGAGAUGCUCUGAGGAGGUUUCUUUUCUUAAUGCAUAUGCAAAUCAGGUAGAAGCCAUAUUAAUCAUUCUGUAACUUUUAAUCACGUCACCAGAGCCUGUUUUCGGGGUUUUAAAUGGUCGAGUGUCACGGUACCUUCUGCUGGCUGGUAGAGCUGCUUUAGAAAUGCUGGUGAACAGAGACAAAAUAAUUCUGAUCUUAGCGUGGGUUUGAAGAGUUCUUAAAGGCAUUCUGAGCCGGAUAGCAUGCAGCCUGUGGCAGUGCCUGCUGCAUAACGACCGGGUACAAAGCAGUUUUUACUAUGUGGCAGACAUGACCUAUCUGCAAAGUUGCUGCGAGGUUGGAGAAACUGAUAAAGACUUUUUUUUUUUUUGGCCACCCUUGAUGUGCUUUCCCUGGUGGGAGAGGCAAUGCCACCUGGGGAAAUCCGCUGUUGCGAGGUGCUUAUCUUUACUGCACGUGUAGAGAGUAUAAUUUUUUUUAAAGCAUCUUGGAAAAUACAUGAAAAUGACAUGUAUGGGCAGCACAGUUUCAGUUCUUGUGUUUGAGGAUGAGUGCGGGGCUAGGUAAAGACCCUGUGGCAGGACACGGGGCAGGCUGUGCAGUACUCCGUGCUUGUUCUUCGCUCUUUGGUACCACUUCUGGUCAGAGCAGGUUAGCGAUGCCCAGGGAGAAGUGGGUGAGCCCUAAGACACAGCAGCCCCUGCCGUCCCCCUUCCUGACCCCAGGUAGUAACGAGCUGGCCCUUUCCAGCGUGUCGCUGUCAAAGCCAGCGAGUGCCACGCGUUGCCUCUCAGCUUUCAGCAUGAGCAGCCCUGCAUACGGCCUCUCAAAGAUCCGGCCUGCAAACUUUUUUAAUAGCCUGCUUUACGCCCUGGCUGGCACGUGUUGGGCGAUGGAAGUGCUGACAGUCCGGCCCUGUUAAACCGGUGGCUGACAGGAGGCUGCUGCUGGGGCUGCCUGCUCCAGCCCUCUGCCAGGCUGGGGAUGUGACCAAAAUCUGAGAGUAGGGUUUUCUUAAUUUUUUUUUUUUUUUCCUACUGAUUUUGCAAGAGGUUACUGAUCCCCAGCAGGCAGGCGAAUGGACAGCCUGAAUACCUAGUGGUUCAAACCAAUAUAGCAAGGCUCAGGAGUGCUUGCGUUCUGCAGCUGUCAGGCUUCGUUGCUUCAGGUUUUCACUUCUUCAAUUAUUGUCUUCUAAAAUGUAUCAGUACUCUGACUGUCACCUCGUAGUGUCCCUAGGUCUUUAAUUAUGUCUUCUUUAGUUUGUACCUUUUUUUUUAUUAUUAUUUAAUUCAGUUCAUUGCAGCGUUUUUCUUCUCUGUAUCCUUUAUCUUUUGUUUUGAUAUUCUGACUGAAAUUUUCAUCACUGUGAAAUGCUAAAAGUGUGAUACUGGGUAAAAUUUUUCCAGUCUCUUUAUAUGGUUUGGAUCAAUGUAGCUCACUUUCAGUAAGCGCAGGUACGUAGGGUGCGUGAGAGUCACUGUAAAAAAAAAAAAAAAAAAAAAAAAAAAAAAGAAACAGUUCAAGUUAAUUUGGAGCCUCAGUGCUUUUCCUUUUAGUAUUCUUCUCCAUCCUUCAAAACCAUACCGUGUUUUGCUACGCUUGUGUGUGUCCCUGUGAAGACUCUCAUAGUGCAGGCUACUCUCGCGCCCUUCUGAUCUGGUUUUGCGUUCCAGGUACGAACCCGUGACAAGUGAGCAUUCCUCUUUGUGUCCUUGCCCCAGGUGAGCCUCUGCUCUGGGGACUGUGCGGUCCCUUCCUUUAUCUGUUCUGGUUGCUGGGAGGUUGCUGCUGUGCACAUCUGGCUUGCUGCUCGUCAGCAGACUUUGAAGAUGCUUGAUGUCUUGGUCUGGAUGUGAGUUGCCUUCCUGUCGAGGUGCCACAGCAAAAUGGCUUGAUUCAUAAGUGACUUGUGUUUCCUUGAAUCGUUAGUGCAUCUCUUCUGUCUUGGGGAAUAGCAGUAUUUGUGGUUAGGGAAGUGUUGUUCACCCUUCCUGGGGUAGAGGCUUGGAGGAGCUACCACCAGCGCUGCCCCAGCUUUAUGUCCAUGUGGGGAACGUGCCCUGCUGCCACCACAUCAAGCAAAGCCAUCACUAGGAGUUGAUGGAUUUGCUCCCUCCCUGGCGUCUAUCAGUGUCUCGAGCUGCCCAGGCAGGUCUGUGUGGUUGGUGAGUGGUUGUUACAGCUCCCACCACGGUUCAGGGGAAUCCACCCGGCAGGCCUGGGAAGCAAAAUCCCUGAGGAUGAGUGCUUCAUGUGCCCUGAGAAGUGUGGGUCUGUGGUAGUGCCGCAUCCCCGUUACUGACUGGGCUGAGUCUCGUGGUGGUGGCAGUUUUCUCAUGAGCUUCUGGUAGUCUCAAAUAUCUCAAGGGAUUUGGGCUCUUCACCGCACAUCAUAAAUCGCUAUUGAAUUUCAUGCACUCUUGAAGAACAAAGAGUGGCCAUACAACGGUCCUCUGUCAUCUUGGUUUGUGUUCGUGUCAUUACUGAAACAAGUCAUGAGAUGCCCUGUUUUUUUCUCUUGUAGUUGUCCAGCUCAGUGUGUCCAUCUGACUUCUGAGAAAGGAUCAGUCGCCCAAAGUUAAGCCUCCAGGCGAUCUGCAGGAGUUUGAAGUGGAAUUAUAAAUACCUGUUAUUGCAUAGCGUUGUUCUGUGGCGUUUGAAGUGUGGAGGCAUAGCAAUCCGAAUUGCUCGUAGCGCUGAAAAUAGUGGCCUGGUUGCUGUAAUGUGAGUCUGAACAACCCGAGUCCAGCAACUUCUUAGGGAGUCUUUCUCUGUAUCCAAAAUUAAUAUACAAGAAGAAAUUCAUCUGCUUGUAACAUAAGUCAAUCUUCAAUGUGUUUUUGGUGUCCUGGUUUGUAAGCAGAAAAAGCAAUGAGUUACAUUUUUUGUUUAUUCUUGGGCAGCUGUAACUGCUGCCGAACAACUUUUGUUCCUUCCUUGCUUGAUUCUCUAACUUUCUAUGUUUAGCAAGGACAGAAAGUGGAAUAUGACAUCUCUGUGUACAUACUUGACUUGUACAAAACCACUUCCAUUUUCCAAGUAAUUUAUUUGCUAUUUUACUGUAACCGGGAGAGCGCUGGGAGAAUUCCUUGGCUGUUUUGCCCCUCUCUGUUCGCUUCAUCUGGUCAGCGUUUUGUGCAGUGACUGUGUGCAUUCCAGCACAGGUGGAUGGUAACAUCUGUCACGGACCCACUUUUUUAAACACUUUUCUGCAUCAGCAGAAAAAGCCUUGAACAGAAAGGUUUCACUGUGCAUAACAAUCCUGCACAUGGCUACUGAUCUUUUGAAAGCCAUAAUUACUUGCUGCGAUGCUGCAUCAGGACUUACUCUACCUGGUUCAGUAGGAGAAAUGUUCCUGUGAAAAAAUCCAGAAUCUUACAUUUCGUAUAAACCUUACAAAAUCUUCCCACACAUGGCAAAACUCUAUUGAGAAGGUGUUGAUUAGUUAAGUCUGAAUUUAGGAAGAUUUAGGCCAUUAUGGUGCAUUCUGGUAGAUGAGAGGUCUUGUUAAUUCUCAGUUACUCCUGCCCGCUUGUUUCAAAGGUCUCUCUCUCUGUUGGGGCUGCUGAUGAAAUGGCUUGCAGCUGGUUAUGCUGUGACACCUCUCUCUUCAUGGUGGCUGUUAGUAACUCAGAGGUGGGACAGAGGUGACUUCUGCAUGGAGUGGCCACGUGUGACAACCUAAAUGUGGGUUUCAGAAAAAUUGGGUGCACAGUGGAGAACCUGCUGCGGUCUGCGUGCUGCUAACAGUAUAAACACCUCUACAUCUAAAAUUUACAGCGAGGGCAUCUUUCCAAGACACCACCCUGUUGACUUGCAGCGUGCAUUGAUCCCCACUGCUUGCUUCAGGCAGGAAGCACCGUUCCUCAGCUAUGGCAUGCCAGAAGGCUUGCUUUCCUCAUCAGUGCAAUUGCAGACUGGAUCUCUGAUUGGAAGUUCACACGGUCCACUGCACUUAGGGCUACCCGAAUGCCAUCUUCUAGCUGUUUCCAAAUGCAGAUUUCUUUUGAGUAGUCUUGUAAAAGCAUGUCACCAAUGUGAGAGCGCUGCAUGAAAGCAUCUUGUGUCUCCGGAAGACAUGAGCUCUUACGCUGGGGUCCCGCUCUCUGUGGUGUCCUCUCAGCUCCAAUACCAGUUCUCAUUGUGGUAUGCCAUGGGGCACCAUCAUUUUCAUUGCAGGGGCCAAGUUCUCCCAGAAGAAAACUAAGGCACAGCAAUGCGUGUGAUUGCAAGGUGACUUUUCAGAUUGCCAGUCAAAUUGGAGGGACUGUCGAAUCCUGCAAGGUUAAAUUAAUGCACAAAGAUCACCUACUUUAAAGUCACAUUUAGCCAUACUGAGAUCUAAAGCACUGCAGUUCAUGCGUAGUGAUUUGUUGCAAAGUGAAGGGAAGGUUAUUAUAAAUAAUGAUUGCAGGGGUUUGGCCCUAAAUAAUUACCUGCCUGCCAUUUGCUUUUGUGCCUGUCAAAAUGUCUGCUUCUGUAGCGUGGCUAGCUGUACACUGAACUUUUCUCUGGAUUCUCUACUUGUAAGAAAGAUGGUCCAAAAUACUGUCAAGAAGCCUAUGUGCUGGCUAAAUACCUUUUCUCGAGAAAUUAUGAUUUCUGGAGGAACGCUUUGGAGUGAUGGUUGAAUACGAAGCCCUGCUAGCACACAGAGACAACGGAUAUGACCAGUUCUCUGUGCUCCAGUGCACUGCUAGAUUCUGAUAUUUAGUGAACUACUGAGAAGACUUACUUCUACUGCUACUUAUUGGUUUAAAAACAAGUUCAGAGUGGAAUUGUAAGCCACAUAAAUAAGCUCCAUAGAGUCUUGAUGUAUCCAUAACAAACACUCCAUCCCCUCCCAGAAAAAAAAAAAAAACUUUGACUGAAGUUUUUUCCUUUAAAAAAAAAAAAAACACAACAAUUUAGCAAUUUUAAAACAUUUCUGCUAGGUACCUUCAAGCAUCCCUUGUAACUGUUCAGUUACUCACCCUUUGCCCUCAGUGAGAUUGUGGUAUUGCUUCUGUCGUAAAUGGAGAAGACUAAAACUGUUAAAAGUCAGGCUUCUCCUUGCAGCCCUGUUCUUAGACUGUGCACUGAUCAUUCUAAAAAUCAUAACCAGGAGCUUGAGCGUUGUGGAACUGUUUGGUAACAUUUUCCUGUCCUUUCAGAAAGCUUCCUGCCACCUCAAGGGGUGCAUGGCCCUUCAGCCUGACACAGAAGGUUGGCUUUUAAGGAUGAACAGCCUUUAAAAAAAAAAAAAAAAGCUUAUACAGAUAGUCUUGUGGCUCAUGCUGAGCCUUUCAAAGGAUAGCAUGUUGCGCUUCACAGCCCUUUUCCUCUCCUCUGUUUCAUAAACCACCAGGUUUUCUUGCAGCGCUGGACACAAGCAGCAUGGUGGCAUAGAGUAAAGUUAAUGGACUGCUCAGGAGAGCGUGUUUAGGAUAUCCUCUCUUUCUUCCUUGGAAACUUGAAAUGAGACUGAUAGAAAACUUGCCUCUCUGAGUGAACAGAGUCAACAGUUGAACUCGUGUUCUUUUGCAGCUUUUACCAUUCUGUCUUUCAAUAACCAUCAUGGAAAGGUGCAUUGUAGGGAACCAGUGGGAAGAUAGUGACUUCUAGAGAGUUAAACUCAUCUUGUUAUAUAUAGUAUGUCACAUAGGCCUUAAGUACCCAGGACACUGUAGUGGGUAAAACCACCACAGACACCUACUCUACUUAGAGUCUGCAAGAUGACACCUUCAGCAGAGCAGGGCUUUCUAACAUGCUGCCCAAAUGUCAGAACGUUACCAGUUCAGACCAUUUUGUGCCGGUUACUGAAAUGGUAUUGUAACUCCCUGUGGUGUUUUAAAGCCCUGUGCACACUGUGACUGAAAUCACAGCACAGGCUGGUAUAUCUGUGGUAUGUUUGUGGUAUGCAGUGUGAUGUCACGCUCCCGGCAGGCCGAUAGUAUGUAAUACCAAGUACAUUUUUUAUUCCUUUCCCCAUGGUAAUACUUAGAGAUGUUAGUUGGAGAAACCUGCAACAGUAGGAAAAAGCAAGGAAUCCAAGGAAGGAAUAAAAGUUAACUACGAGAGAUUAUUUCAUGUUGAUAUUUAUUGUGUGUUGAAGUGGGGGAGAAUUAAUAUUGCUCUUCAGGAUGCUUUUUAUCUUGUUUUGUUUUAUUAUUACUGCUUAAGUGUCUUCUAAACUCGUCUUCUCUGGAAACCGUGCCCCUCCCUGUUUUGCCCAAUGAGUGGUAAUUUCACACUUACCCUUAUUUAUUUAAAGCCAUGGUAACCACCAUACUGAAAUGUCAUCAAGUAAAGUCCAGGUCUGAAUGCUGGCUGAUGAUGCAAAGGUCUGCUCUCUAAUAAAAUGAGGCUCAUGAAGGACAAGUUCCAAGAGGCAGCUACGCCCUGGCUUCAAGCAUUUGCUCUAAUUUCAAGGCUUUCCCAUGUGGUGUUGCUCAAUAUGUAGCAAAACAAGUUCUUGCGAGUCCCUUGAGCAUUCCUCUCUAUGUAACAAAUUAGAUAUUCACACUUCAUUAAUUUCUGUCCUCUGUCCCCCCCGAAAAAAAAGCAGAAGAAAAGACCCAACACAAGCAAGCCUUAGAGAAUUGUUUUGCUUUGUGAUGAUGCACAGUUUAUUGAUGGCAGAGACACCUUGCGCAGUGCUGGCACUGCGCUCAGUGUAAACACUUAUUUACACGUGCAAUUUUGCUUUGGUUGCAGUAGGGGACAAAGAGAAGGGAAUAAGUGUUGCAAUGUAGUAUUGUGCAAUUCCUGGCUUUCAAACUGAAAAUGAUGAGCAAGCCUGCAUAGGCCUCUCGCCCACCGAAAUCUGGCCGCUGCUUCUUACCACACCCACUCAUCUUAAUUAGGAAUGGGUCCACAGGCUUUUUAAGGUCAAAAGGAGAGAUGGGUAGAGACAUUAAGAGAAGGCAGUAGCAGAGGUUUUCUGCUACGAAAGCAAGGGGCAGACCUGCUGGUCCUUGAAACAAGCUCAUCUGUUAAAUUACCUGUAGUUUAUGCUGUCUGAAGGUAACCCUUAAGAUGCCCGUGCAGGUUCUUACCAGCUGGAUCUCUCUUUCUGAACAAGUCUUGCUGGUGGGGUAGCUCUUCAGCUUCCUUGUUUUUCAGUAUGGGGACUUGUAGGUCAUUCUUCCAGGGCAGUUUCUCUUUUUUUCGAGCCGCUCAUCUGAGGCUUGUUUCUUCUUUCUGCAAUUUCUGCCUAGACUGAAAAUCUGUCUGAGGUGUAGGGGACCACGAAUGUGCCCUCGCAGUGUGGUGCUCGUAGUGGCUUGUCCUGGAUCACUCAAAACAGAUCCCUGUAAGAAAGGAGCAGCUCUGGACAGGUGCAGGCUAGGAAAGUAGAAAUACCUCAUUCUUAGAGAAAUAUGCUUUUAAGACCACUUGGCUUCAUCAGUUGUAUAGAGACCUUCCAUCAGCCAAAAAUGAGAGGUCUCUUGGGCAGUGGAACCCAGGUUUGAGAGCUCUCGGUGUUUUCUGGUGUCUGGUCCUUGCUGAACGCCCAUGACGUAGAAAAUAAUGCUGCACAGUGCUCUGAGCCUUGCAAUAUUGUCUGCUGGGGUAGCUGCUGGGGUCAGUCAACCCCCGUGGUCAUCCCUUGCAUGAUCAACAGACGCUGGGGAUCUCUUGAAAAGGAGAAGCAGCCCCUCCCUGCUGGUUAGCCACCAGCAUCCCCAAGCUCUGUUUCUGUCCGAAAGGAGAAGUGUGAGCAAACUGUCACUUCCUACAGUGCUGAAAUCCAAACUGGUUCUUCCGAGGCCCUCGGGCAGGGCACUGCAACUCACUUGUCCAGGAUAGCUAUUCAAAACGAAAGGUGGAGACAGAGCAGUUCAGAUUUGCCUCCGCUCUUGCAGCAGCUUACGUGCAGAUAGUUGGUGGGUGGUUGUCUGGCCACAUGCUUUGCUGGGUUUUUACAAGUUGGGUUUAUGUGCACCUUCGUAUUCUGCCUUAUUAAACUAACUGGCACAGAGGAACCCUCCGAGAAACCCUUCCAAAAUCUCUGCUUCAGGAAGAACUUCUGAAAAUUGACAGUAUUUGAAUAGAUGAAAAAUAAAUGCAAAAACCUGCUUUGUAUGGAUUCAGAAAUACUUCUGCUUUUUUCUCUUUUUUUUUUUUUUUUUUUUAACUGAUUAUUUUGGGGAACUCUUCAAAUGGGUGUGCUGGCAAGCAUAUUGCAUGCAGACCGAGGCAAUAGUAGUGAAACAAAAUUCAGUAGCUACUGACUGGCUGGAUUUGGUCAGGAGAGGUUUAUCAAGGACACCUCUGACAGCUUUUUUUCUUGAUGUGGUGAUUACUUUUUUUACAUAAACGGAAGCUACAGGGCUUAAUAAUAUACUACAACUGAGGAUUAUGUCCAUUGUAUUUUUUUAUGUUACUUUAACAAACUAUGUAAUACUAUAGUCAAAAUGCUUAUUUCUGAGACAAAGUGGACAAUAUUUGGUUGGCAACUUGCACUUGAUUAAAUGUAAAACAUUUUCUUAAUUUAGUGAUGUGUUUAGGAGAAUACUGUAACUUACUGAAUAUACAACGGUGAUAACUGUGUUUACAAUAACUUUCCAAUUCCUACUGUUCAGCAGUGGCCAACUUGUUUAAGAAUUAAAAGUAAGGCAUACUGCAACUGGUAAUCUUGGAAAAAUUAAUGCAAUCCUGCUACCACUAAAUACUGUGGGGUGGAUACCAUGGAUAUAAACGGCAGCAGAAUUGUAUUCCAAGUCUCUGUCUUAAGUGCUUAUGACUAAAAGGCGACUUGCCUUGUGCUCAUUUAUGUAUUCCUGUGUGUAGUACAUCAGUUAUAAAUCUGUUAAUGGUUGAUUUGUAACACUAGAACCUUUAUGGGGAUCACAAUGGGAUUUUUGUUUGUUUGUUUUUGUUUGUUUCUGAUCAGAGACUUAGACAUUUUGGAAUGUAUAACGUUUAUCCUUGUGCUGGAAUUGUUUACAUGCAAAAAGGUAUUUAUGAUUUUUUGCAAACUGCAAUGUGCAAUUUUGUACACGUGUUUUAAACUAAAGAGUUUAUAAGGAAGAUAUUGUAUGUACAAUACUUGGACAUGAGUAUUAUUUCUUUGAUAUAAAUAUCUAGAGGAAAAUUAAAGUUGCUUUAUAUUCA